AUGACCGAGUACGACGACUACGGCAUCCCCGUCGGCGCAUUCGUCGAGCCAGAAGACUUCCGCGGCCAAGCGUGGAGAACAGCGCGAGCAUUCUACCUCUACAGAGUGCGCCCGCUUGCAUGGCAGAGCUACACUGCGGUCAGAAGAGCGGACUGGAGCUUCAGGCGGUGGUUCACGCUCGCGAAUGCGCUGGUGGUGCUGUGGUGGGUUGUAUUGUAUUGGGGUGAGAGGGGGGCGUUUGAUGGGAGUAUUGAGAGCUGUAGCUGGGAUAGGUGGGAGAAUUGGGAAGCUGGCGCAAAUCCCCAUAGACUCAUCUUCGUCGCCGAUCCGCAGCUCAUCGACCCGCAUACAUAUCCUGGCCGCCCAUGGCCGCUGAAUCCGCUCGCGUACAAAUACACCGAUUUGUACUUGCGUCGCACGUACUCUCGCUUGCAGACGGUGCUGUACCCGGAUACGAUAUUCUUCCUAGGCGACCUGUUUGAUGGUGGGAGGGAGUGGUCGACGCGCACGACGAGGUCGCCUGAGGAGCGGUAUCGCCGGUAUGAUGAUAAUUACUGGAUCAAUGAGUACAGACGCUUUGGGAAUAUCUUCUUCAAGCACUGGGGCGAUGCGGGUAUGGAGCCGCGGCCAGGGCAGCCGGGGCGCAAGCUUAUAAGCAGCUUGCCUGGAAACCAUGAUUUGGGCUUCGCAAGAGGAGUUCAGGUCGGAGUCAGGAACAGGUUCAACGCCUAUUUUGGCGACGGGAACAGGAUAGAUGUCAUUGCGAACCACACUUUUGUGUCGAUUGACAGUCUGUCGCUGAACGACCGAAAUGCCAUAUCCGUGAGCGGCGGCUACCAGUACCAAAACGUCCUCAACAAGGAAAUCACAGUCGACGUAGCCAACAAAAUCGGUGACAUACGCUACGCCUUCAGCGGCGACGACCACGACUACUGCGAAGUUUUGCACCGCAGCUAUGCCAGCGGCGGCGGCGGUAUCCGUGAAAUCACAGUCAAGAGCACGAGUUGGGCCAUGGGCGUGCGGCGGCCGGGCGUCGUGCUUGUGAGUCUAUGGAACCCGGUGGAUGCCAGUGGGAAGCCACGCAGUGGCUCUGCAGACGCAACGAUUCGGACGAAACUGUGUCUGUUCCCAGAUCAAAUCGGCACAUUUAUACGCUACGGUAUGCUCUUUGGCCUCACGUUCUUCUUACUAGCCAUCCGCGCGGCGCUGGUCACAACGGGCGUGCUGAAACCGUAUACCUCACCGCCACAGCCAAACAUACUACCAACGACGGCGCAGGACAUCAAAGCCCAGCAGAAAUUCGAAGACAACCCCGCGAUAGAAGAUGAGCUAUCUCACUCCUCAAACUCGAGUACUUCAUCCCAGCACAAACACCUCCUGGCCCGCGCGAAGCCAGCCAAGUAUACGUAUCCCCUCAUUCAGCAUGCGGGGAGUUACUCGCCACCAGAUGAAGAGAAAAGGAGGGAGGUUAAGAUAUAUGGAAGUACUAGUAGUAGUAGUACGAAGAAGGCGGAGAAGAAGAAGGGUGUGGGAUUGUGGAUGUAUGAAAUGAAGUGGACACUGGGCAAGGUGCUGGUUGUUGGCGGGGUUUGA